UCCCUCCCCGUGGAGCGGCGGCGGCGGCGGCGGCGGCGGCGGCGGCGGAGGUUGCGUCGCGUCGCGUCGCGCCGCGAUGCAGGAGAGCUUCGGCUGCGCCGUGGCCAACCGCUUCUGCCAGCUGCUGGACGACGAGUCCGACCCCUUCGACAUCCUCCGCGAGGCCGAGCGCCGCCGGCAGCAGCGCAAGCAGCGCGACGAGGCGGCGGCGGCGGCGGCGGCCAGGAGGGGCGGCGGCCGGGCGGGCGCCGGCAGGAGGGAGUCCCAGAAGGAGCGCAAGCAGCACGGCGGCACCGCCGCCGCCGCCGCGCCGCAGCCCGGCCAGAAGCGAGCCCCUAAACGAGGAGAAGAGCAAGGAUGGAAUGACAACAGGAGAGCAGAGAAACAAGACAAAACUGAAUGGAGACCUUCUUUCAGGGAAUACCAUUCCUAUGAAACAGAAAGGCAAACUGAAUUCACAGUUGAAAGACCAGUUGAAAGAGUAGACUGUGAAAGACCAAGAGGUCGUGGAAGAGGAAGAGGUGGAAUGCGAGGCAGAGGAAGAGGUGGUGGAAUAAACAGAAGUUUUGAUGGCUUUGACCAAAGAGGAAAACGGGAAUUUGAAAGGCAAAGUGGCAAUGAUAAAACUGAGAUGGAACAGACUGCUCCUGUGGAAGAGACUGCAGAAACAGCUCAGCAGCAAGGGACUUCUGAAGGAGAACCUCUAAACAAAGUUGCUGAAGGGGAGCCAAUGGAAGAAGUAGUUCAAGAAAUGACGUUAGAUGAGUGGAAAAAUCUUCAGCAACAGAAUCGACCAAAGCCUGAAUUCAACAUCCGGAAGCCAGAAUCCACUGUUCCUUCCAAAGCAGUGGUGAUUCACAAGUCAAAAUAUAGCGAUGAUUUGCAAAAGGAAGACUUUGAAGAUGAUUCUCAUGUCUUUCGAAGAGCGGUGAAUGACAUAACAUCUCAGCUGGAUAUUAACUUUGGGAGUCUUCCUCGCCCUGGCCGUGGAUCAAGAGGAGCACGAGGUGGUCGUGGUAGACGAGUUGAAGAGAUGGGACCUCGACCAGAAGUAACGGUGCAAAUUGUUGCUCCAAAUCCUGAUGAUCCUGAGGAUUUUCCUGCUUUAGCUUGAAGGAGCUAUCGUGAAUGUUAUUAUCAACAUAGCUUUGGUGUAGCCUGUGAAGAGGCCAGUUCUACGCUGGUGUGGAAAAGAAGUCUGAGUGUACAGGAAAAACUGUUUUGUUUUGGGUUCUUUUUUGUUUUGGUGUGAAAUGAUUGCACCCCUCUGUUAAUUAAUGGAAAUGGGUUCUGGAGAUAACGGCAGACCAGGAUUCUGUCAUAGGGUCCAGUGUCUGCCUCCACGUGUGAAAACUAUGUGAAGGCUUGCACUACUGUACUACAAGCCUACUACUACUCUACUCUACUUCAAAUGAAGUACAAGGGUAUAGUGCUCGAAAAUGUGUAUAUAGAGAUAAUAUCACGUUCUUCAUGACAGCUUGAUCAAAUGUAAACUUUUGAACAUGGUUUGCAAUUGGGACUCUAUUUCACUGUAGACAUUUUAAAGCUGCUUGCUAUGUUUCUUUGAAGUGUAUUUUACACAGUUAAAAGUUGCAGUUAUUGAGAGAUUGGCAAAUAAAGGAAA